GCCGUAUGGACGGCUCCAUUUCGCGUUGACUUUCUUCCGUUUCUACCGUUUCGUCCCGUCGCUGAUAACUGCGUAAUUGUGGCUCCAACUCCGUCUUGACAGCGGCGUCAAGGGUGCGAUAUAACGAGUCAUGUGUGGGCUGAAGAUACAGAAAGAGGGUCGGUAACUCAAUGAAAAAACAUCAUCUGGUUCCCGGAAGGUGUGAUUAUGAUGAUGGUUCAUCCAGCAUGCACAUGCAUCAGGUGGAGCCUCAACCCGUUCUCGCCAUGCCGGUAUUUUCGAACAGUUGGCCUAUAAAUGGCAGAGAUGCUGCAAGUACCGUUUCUUUUCUUCUACUAUUUUUCCAAUGGAUCUCCCGACGAAGCAGGACGUAGAGAGGACCAGUUCCUCCAGCUUGGAAGAGUUGGAAGAUGAUGAUAACACGUUAGCGGAGAUAUCUGUCGGGACGCAGAUCGAGUUGGAGAAGGACCAUGAGAUAAAGUACAGAUCUUGUUCAUGGCAAAAGACGGCUGCUCUACUAUUCUCAGAGUACAUUUGCCUUGCAAUGAUGUCAUUUCCAUGGUCGUACUCAGUUCUUGGCCUCGUUCCCGGUAUUAUCCUCACACUUGUAGUCGCCGCAUCCGUCCUUUACACCUCCCUUAUUCUGUGGCGUUACUGCUUGAAACAUCCUGAAGUACGGGACGUCUGCGACAUUGGGAAAAAGUUAUUUGGAGAUGCUGCGUGGGCCUACAAUGUCACUGCUUUAUUCUUCAUAUUAAACAACACGUUCAUCCAAGCCUUACAUGUACUGGUCGGAACGAAACUUCUAAACACACUUACGAAUUCUUCGCAAUGCUCGGUCGUUUUUGCGGUGAUUAUGGCCAUGAUUUGCCUAGUCUUCUCUCUACCUCGCACCUUCAAACAGCUCGCUCACCUGGGUACCUUCAGCGCGGUAACAAUGGGAAUUGCCGUUAUCCUUUCGAUUGUCUUUGCUGGAAUUCAAGACCAUCCGUUUGGGUAUAAAGAAGGGGACGAGCCUCUUGUCACUGUGCUUCCUGUCCCUGGAACUACCUUUGUAUCUGGGAUGUCUGCAUUCCUCAAUAUCAUGUACACGUUCUGUGGACAAAUAUGCCUUCCUUCGUUCAUCGCAGACAUGGAGAAUCCCAAAGAUUUCCCCAAAGCUCUCUGGGCCGUAACGAUAGCAGAAAUGGCGAUGUUCACGUUGUGUGGGGCAUUGAUAUACCACUUCGUCGGUAAUCAAUAUAUGACCGCUCCCGCUUUCUCUUCCCUCCAACCCCUAUACAAGAAGAUCGCGUUCUCGUUCGCGAUACCUACGUUAAUAUUCUUAGGGUCGUUAUACUCUGUCGUCACUUCACGCUUUAUCUUCGCUCGAGUAUUUGAAAACUCGCGACAUCGACAUUCGAAUACUGUCGUCGGAUGGUUGACGUGGGUGGGUAUAUUGUCGACCCUGUGGGUGGUGGCUUUUGUGAUUGCGGAGGUUUUACCCUUCUUCUCGGACAUGCUAAGUCUUAUGUCCUCUUUGUUCGACGCAUGGUUUGGAUACAUCUUCUGGGCUAUGGCCUACCUCCAGAUGAACCCUGGAAAGCGAAAAUGGAACGGGAUGGGAAAGACGAUUCAGACGCUGUUGAAUUACUUCUUCAUCGCAUUCGGAUUGUACGUCUUAUUUGGCGGGACAUAUGUCUCGGUACAAUCUAUAAUUAACGACCGUAAGAGCAGUCACGUAGGAGUAUUUACUUGUGCAAGUGUUACUGUGUGAUCAUAAUGUAUCAAAAUGUAUUGUACAAAGCAGUUUUUUUUGCUACUACUAUUAAAUAACGAUAACGAUAGAGAGCUUGUGUGCAGUGUACUCGAAAGUGUACAAAACUCGCAGUUCGGAACCAGCUAGAAAAGGAAGAAGAGGAAGUUGCAUAGGUAAAAGUGGCAAGAAGAAUAGGAUCGUG